AUGGCUUCAGUAGCGUCGAGCCGGCCUCAGCUCAAGUCCAAGUUCAGCGAAUCCUACGGAUCUCUGCUCAAAGGCGAGCAACCGUGGCUUGUCAACAACGGCUUCCCCGACUCUGCUUCUUCCUCUUCAUUCGGCACCGAUACUGCUGCACGGCCGGUUGCUUCGCGAACAAAGUCGACCGGCAAGUCCAAUUCAGGUCCACGCUCGCGCUACUUUGCCGAUCUGCUGUGCCUCCCCGUCGAGACGCGCUUCGUGGCUCAGCAGCUCGAGACGAUCCCGCCAGAGACGCUUCUCGAUGACGAUCCGCACGGGAAAGGCGCCCACAUCACCGACAACAUUGGAUCUCUCUGGAGGGAAGCGAUCCGUGUCUGGCGAGAGAGCGACGAAGACGAGGUUCGAAGAAGGAAUGCAGUCGAUACCCUGGUAGCCUUGUCCUAUCCCAUUCUCAACAAGCGCUUCUCCAACUACUCCUUUGAUAUCAUCACCAUUCUUGCUGGUGGAAUGGAUGAAGCGGACGAGACGUUCAUGCUUCUCGUCGACUCCAUUGACGACACGUUGCGCGGAGGCGACCUGGCCAGAGUACGCAUCCCUUCUUCGAUGCGGGACGAAGAUGACGAGCGAGAGCAAAACAUGGCCGAGGCGAAAGCGAGAGAGUGGAUCGAUGCAGAGGUGCAGCAUAGAGCGCUUCAACUCGGACUCUUGUGGCUAUCUUGUGUCGCGCAGACCUCGCUCGCGGCCUACUUUCUCCGUCGUGACCUCUUCGUCACCGCGUCCACCUUCAUCUCAACCGCCUCUGGCUCGCGGUACGCCUACGAAGGUGCAGUCUUUCUAGGGCUGCUCGCUACCAUUGGUCAAGGCGCAGCUGGCGGAGUUUCGCUCAAUGUCAGCACAUCGAAUCCGUACGCUCGGCGCUUCCGCGAUUGGGUCGACGAAGAUUGCAUGGCCAAGAUCCUGGUUGCCGCGUCCGCCGCCAUGGACCAAAACGUCCAGCAGUAUCGACAGGUCGUCGAUGACUCGCCCCCGACGCUGACAGGCAGCAUCGCUGGUCUUGCCAGCAUGCGCUGGGUCUCGAGCCUUGCCGAGCUCGUCUCUUCGCCCACCAGUCCUUCUCCUCCGUCUGCUUUUGGUCGUCGUACCUCGGCAGCAUCUACGCUGGUCGGCGACUUUACGCAUCUUCCGUCUCCAAGCUGCGUCAUCCUUCUACCACUCUUUCUGCUUUCCAGAUCGAACCAAGCCUUCACUUCGCUCAUUCUGAAUGUCGCAGAUACUCAGGCAGCACAGAACGACACGCAAGCCAGAGCUCGAGACGAGUCGUUCUGCCACCUGGCUUCUCUUGCAUCGUACCUGGCCACACAUGCCUCAGUCUCAUCUCGUUCGGCAUCGUACUCUCGAACUGCUCUGCUGUCUCUACUCGUCUUCCUCUACGACCCACGCGGCAGUCGAAACAUGCUCGCGGAUACUGAGCACGCAGCACGCACACUGGAACGCAUACGCCUCUGUCGUCAACGAGAGCCGGCACUUGCACUGCCGCGCGUCAAGCGCACCCGACUUGUCACGGCCGUCCUCGAUGUGGCAACCUGCUCGAUGCGCUACAACCUCAGCAAGCGCAUCGACACAGCCUCGUAUCUGAUCAGCUUGAAGCUUAUCCAGCGAGUGGUGAUACUGUGUUCUGACGAGCGUAUCCAGCUCGAGUACGACUGGCAAGACUGUUGGAGUGCCGUGUUGGCUCUGGCGUCGUUCCUUGCCGCUCGUUACUCGGAGAUACGCUCCAGCAGAGACCUCUCCGAGCUGAUCAAGGCGUUGAUGGCGACUUUGAAUUCCAUUUUGCUGCGCUCAGAUCAUUUUCUGGCAUCGACCAACGAGAUCCACCACUUCAUCUACGAGAUCUUGCGCUGCUCUGCGACACUGCGCAAGUGCGUACUCCUCCUCGAUCCAUCCACAAAGGAUGCCAGCUCCGCCUCUUCCAGCGAUACGAACCUCACCGGUAGUGCAUCGAUACCCAUCCCGCCAAAGCUCUACAACCAGGUUCCAGCAUGGAAGAAUCUCGAACGCACCAUCCAAGCCGUCGAAUCCAAAAUCGCCGAAUGGGUCGAACAAAAACCGGGCUCGAGAAAGAACAAAUCACCAGACAUCAACACCAUCAUUAAACUCAUCGCCAGCAUCGAUCGCGAACAGCUGCUCGCAGGUGCUUCCGCAGAAGACACCCAACCGAUCAGCAACAGCAGCAACGGCAACGGCGGUGCGGGGGCAGCGGCAUCGAGCAGUGUCUCGCACCACGAAUUGGAAUGGCUCGAUCGUAUACAGGAGCAAUGCUUGCCCGAGUUCGUUCGACAUGCUUGCUCGGACGUGCUGCGUAUCUUGCCCAUAUACUAA